AUGAACAUGUUUGGCCACCUUAGUUUCACAAACAUCACUGAUAGGUCCAGAAAGAAGGAACAAGUGCUGAGUGUGCAUCUACCAAAGGUGUCUGGCAGCGAACAUGCGAUCUCAGAUUUCCUGCAGAAUUCAAUGAGAGAACCAUCUCUCAGCUGGGAGGAAAUCAGGAAAGAGCUGUGUCCUGUGAAAGUCUCUCUACAGCUGCGGGGGGAAGAUGGCAGUGUCUGGAACUACACCCCCCCUGACUAUAGGGAUGGAAAAGAGAUCAUCCCCAUGCUGCCCCACCUGGCUGACAUGUCAACCUACAUGUUCAAGGGCAUCAUCAACUUCGCCAAAGUCAUCUCCUACUUCAGGGACUUGCCCAUUGAGGACCAGAUCUCCCUGCUGAAAAGAGCCACCUUUGAAAUGUGGGUACUGAGGUUCAACACAUUGUUCAACUCAGAGACGGGGACCUGGGAGUGUGGCCGGCUGGUCUACUGUUUUGAAGACCCUGAAGGUGGCUUCCAGAAACUUCUACUGGAUCCUACGAUAAAAUUCCACUACAUGCUGAGGAAGCUGCAGCUGCACAAGGAGGAAUCGCCCUGGUGUCGUUCAGCGCAGCUCAGUGGACCAGCUACAGGAGAGAUUUGCCCUCACCCUGAAGGCCUACAUUGAGUGCAAUCGGCCACAGCCUGAACACCGGUG